GAGCGGAAAACGGCAGAUGGCUCUUCCUUAUCGGUCGGUUUUAGCAUGACAGCGGCGGCGGGAGCAGCGCGUCGGGAAACGCUAUCGUAGGUCAGUCAGUAAGGUUAAGCAAUGCCGUGCCGGGGUGUUUUUUGACGCUCGCCCAGCUCGGCUGUUUUCAUGGUGUGCGAGCCGCCGCCGCCGCCGUUGUUGUUGUUGCUGCUGCUCCGUUGCGCGUCCAUCCACCGGCGGCGUCGCCCCUCCGCGCUCUUCGGCCCGCCGCGCCCUUCGCUUCGCUCGGCAAAAUGACCGGAGAGAAGAUCCGCUCCCUCCGCAAGGACCACAAGCCGGGCAAGGACGAGGAGGAUCUGCUGGAACCGGACGAGGAGGCGGCCACGGGGACGUUCACGUCGUCCGCCCGGACUGGUGUCGGCGGCGGCGGAGGCAAAAGCAGAACGAACCGGAUCUUCAGCAACCACAAGCUGGUUAGAUCACCGUCCCAGCAGCGGGAGUCCCAGAUCAACGCCAACAACGCGGCCACCACGGCUCCGCUGACCGUCGAUGACAAAAACAAAAACCCGGUGGCGCGGAGCGGCGCGGACUUUCCUGUUCACGAAUGUGUGUUUAAAGGAGACGUGCGGAGAUUGUCGUCCCUUAUUCGGACUCAGAACAUCGCACAGAAAGACGUUCACGGAAACACUCCUCUUCAUUUGGCUGUAAUGAUGGGUCAUAAAGAGUGCGCACAUCUCCUGCUAGCCCACAAUGCACCAGUAAAGGUCAAAAAUGCUCAGGGAUGGAGUCCUCUAGCGGAGGCCAUCAGCUACGGAGACCGACAAAUGAUCACAGCACUGUUGCGGAAGCUGAAGCAGCAGUCCAGAGAGAGCGUGGAGGACAAGAGGCCUCGCCUGCUCAAAGCCCUUAAAGAGCUCGGGGACUUCUACUUGGAGCUUCACUGGGAUUUUCAAAGCUGGGUGCCUUUACUAUCUAGAAUUUUGCCCUCUGAUGCUUGCAAGAUCUACAAGCAGGGAAUCAAUAUCAGGUUGGACACUACUCUCAUCGAUUUCACAGACAUGAAAUGCCAGAGAGGAGACCUGAGUUUCAUCUUUAACGGUGAUGCCAUCCCCUCUGAGUCCUUUGUGGUGCUGGACAAUGAGCAGAAAGUGUACCAGCGAAUACACCAUGAGGAGUCUGAGAUGGAGACGGAGGAAGAAGUGGACAUUUUGAUGAGCAGCGACAUUUACUCUGCCACUCUCUCAACUAAAUCCAUCACCUUCUCCCGAGCGCAGACUGGCUGGCUCUUCCGCGAGGACAAAACGGAACGAGUUGGGAAUUUUCUAGCUGAUUUCUACUUGGUCAAUGGCCUCGUUCUGGAGUCUAGGAAACGGCGGGAGCACUUGAGCGAGGAAGAUAUUCUGAGGAACAAGGCCAUCAUGGAGAGCCUCAGCAAAGGAGGGAACCUCAUCGAGCAGAACUUUGAGCCGGUGAGACGCCAGUCCCUGACCGCUCCCACUCCGAACACUAUUUCCUGGGAGGAAUACAUCACAGCUGAGACGGGGAAGGCACCCCAUCUUGGCAGAGAGCUGGUUUGCAAAGAGAGCAAGAAAAACUUCAAAGCAACUGUAGCCAUGAGUCAAGACUUCCCUCUGGGCAUUGAGUCGUUAUUAAAUGUUUUGGAAGUGAUUGCACCCUUCAAGCACUUUAACAAACUCAGAGAAUUUGUUCAGAUGAAGCUCCCACCAGGCUUUCCUGUGAAACUAGACAUCCCUGUGUUUCCCACCAUCACAGCGACUGUGACGUUUCAGGAGUUUCGCUAUGAUGAAUUUGAGGAGUCCAUUUUCACCAUCCCUAACGACUACAAAGAGGAUCCCAGUCGCUUCCCAGACCUCUGAUCUAUCGCGUUCACUCUCUUCACUUCUCUCUCUCUCCCUUUCUCUCUCCUUUCUUCUUUCCCACCAUCAUGCCAGAUCCAACUCUCCCUCUAAGGGGAAUGACGACUGUCUCACUUGGCUGAGCUUCGAUAUGAGAAGCUUCUCCAGGAGUGGAAGAGUCACGCUGGGUUUUGUAAGCGCAGACAAAACAACAUUGUGACAGUCCUGUACGUGAUAUUGGUAUAAAGGGAUCGUGCUGAACUGACAUAGUAACACUCUGAACAAAGCUGUCUAUGGAACCUCUACAUGUUGACUAAAAGCUUUGUCGAAGCUAAUAGAGUAGCUUGGAGCUGGAAGGAGCUGGCCAGAGCACCAUCCUAAUGCACUACAUCGUGAAGCACUGUGCGGCGUUCUAAAUGCUCAGAACAACAACAGUGGAGGCUCCAGUGUAGCUCUUUGUACUUACAGACAUUGAUACUGCGUCUGAAACACAAUGCCGUGAAGGUGAAAGUCCUCCGGGGUACGUGGCAGGAAAUGUGGCAUUACGAGUUCUGUAUUUAUGUAAGCCUUGUUUUCGUAUAACUUUGUAAAAAACAGACUGUGUUACAAACUUGUACUCUUCACAUAAAGGAAAAUUAAUAGAGGUGCGGGUGAACAUCUGGGGCGAAAUAUAAGUUACUUGUAUAUGAUUUGCGUUGUAUGAAACCUUUCACAAAAUGUAAUCGGUAUGAUCUUUCUGCAAAAAAGCCUUUUUUUGUGCGAGAUUGUAAAUACUUCUAAUUGAAGUUCUUUUGGUAAAUUGACCUUCCGUGCUCCGCCCAUAAAUGCCUUCUUUCGAGGCAGUGUUGCUAGGUUGGACAAGCUUUACAGGACACUGUGAAAAAUCCUAUUCAACCGAAAUUUCGACAUACGGAAAUUUAGUGCUAUUGAUCGAUUAUAUUUAUUUGCAUACAUGUAAAAGGUACCACUGUUAGGAUAGAUGGGGUAUAAUUUAUUGUGUGAUCAAGAUUUCAGAAAAAUGUAUUCAGAGUUGAAUGACAUGAAAAGGUUCAUUGUAGAGAAACUCAGACACAGAUUUCUUUACAGUGGUGGUGAUAGGAACCAGGUGUCGCAUAGCCAAAAGUGUUUUCUAUUGGUACUGUUGUUUUUAACCAAUUUAUAAUUCCACCAGCUAGCAACCCCAAUCACACGAUGGUACGAUUUCUGGGAACACACCAUCACUGGAUAGCUGACUGGCCAGACUGUUACGUUAGCUAACAGACACGAGUGCUGGUAUUGCUUUGAGUGAUGGGGCUGGGGGAGGACCAUCCUACCCACCCAGUUAUACUCUGUUGAGCCCAGAACCAAAUGGAGCACUCGCAGUCCUGCAGUCCUGCAGUCCACAAUUGCAGGUGCACACGAGGCCAUAGUAAAGAGGUGUCCAGUCCUGGUCCAGGAGAUCUACCUCCCUGUAGAGUUUAGCUCCAACCCUAAUCUAACACACCUGAUUUAGGUAAUGAAGACCUUUUAUCUGCAUCUGAAUACUAGAGCCAGGUGUUUGGAUCUGAACUCUGCAGGGUAGAUCUCCAGGACCAGGCUUGUCACUGGGUGUCCCAUUUCUCACUUUGGUGAUCAAAGGGGUGCUCACUAGCGCCCUCUGUGCGGCCUUUGGCUAGGACAGUGCAGAUUCAGCAGUGGCUUUGGAACACAAAGUCUCAGCAACAGAUUUUAGCACAAUGUCAGAUUUGUUAUCGUUCACAAUUAGCCACAGUGUCAUGGUUAAAUAGGAUUCUCCAACCUUGCAGCUGUUGCUAUGAGAGAACACGUUUGUGGGCAGAGCAUGGACAGGUCAGUUGUCCUUUUAGACUGGGCUGUUCUGGCAACAAAUAUUUUCUCCCUUCAUGCAAAUGCUUCUGUUAUUCCACCAUUCCUGCGUUUUGUAUCUCCUCACAUUAGUUAUUUCUCUUUUACUGUUUUGAUCUCCACUGCAUGGGACCACCCGAGUUCCCUGAAGAGCACAGGCCUAUUUUACAAUCCCUCACUUGGUCAACAACUUUGAAGACUCUCUUGGUACCCCUCUUGUUGCAUAUUUGGCCCAGAUGUGGGCACUCCUUUGUAAAUGUAAUGUACAGUUUGAGAUGGACUUCAGAGUUUUGUUUAGAACUUGCAUUGGCUGGACACCAGUCUGUGGAUGCACAUACUAUUUCUCAAUGAUUUAUUUUCUUUAUUACCACCUUGAUAGAUGGAUGUAGAUAUAUACAUAUAUAUAUACAACACUUUCCAGUUUAGAAUAAAUGACAUGUAUACUGACGGACAUACGUUAAGAUAGUAAAGUGUGAAUAGCUCAAAUGAUCCAGACGGGAAUUCCGAAGCUGGACGUUUUGUAUGGAUUCUUUUGCUGUGUGCAGCAGAAGACGAAGUAAAAGGAACUGGUCAAAUUUGCACCAGCAAACGUCACGUUUGAAUGGUUCAGAAUAGAAAUAUUUUAUUUAUGUAACCCUCAUUCUUUCCUCUUUGUGUGUGGUUUUGUUUUGUUUUUAAAUCUACACUGGAUUUUGACCUCCAAGCGGUCGAAGGUUUUAAUAUGCUUCCAAGCUACACUACUGGUUAGUGCAGCGAACAGAUGUACGCUUUGUUUUUCCUUUUUGUAACCAACCAGCUUCAGGUCUUCGUUUUGUGAGUUUUCUCUAGUUUUUAGUUUCACGCCUUGAACUCUGGGCCUGGUUUUCACCUGAACACAGAUAAACCAGUUGUACAGCAAGAACCUUGUAUGCCACAAUUUUUUCAUGAGGAAUUGUACUUAAUAAAAUGUCAGCGUACCAAAA